ACGUUCAAACCGCGAAGUCCCAAACUAGAAUACUCUACUUGCCAUCGUAAAUCGGUAAAUCCAAUGGCCACUCUUGAUUCCGACGUUCCGAUGGUGCCUGCCGGCGACGCAGCCGGUCCUUCUUCCAAAAAGCCUAAGCGAUUCGAGAUUAAGAAGUGGAACGCAGUCGCUCUCUGGGCUUGGGAUAUUGUUGUUGAUAAUUGUGCUAUCUGCCGGAACCACAUCAUGGAUCUCUGCAUUGAAUGCCAGGCCAACCAGGCUAGUGCCACCAGCGAGGAAUGUACCGUGGCCUGGGGGGUAUGCAAUCAUGCUUUUCACUUCCAUUGCAUCAGCAGAUGGCUUAAGACCCGUCAAGUUUGUCCUUUAGAUAACAGCGAGUGGGAGUUUCAGAAAUACGGUCACUAGAACAUACAUUUUCCAUGUUGAUGCAAAGUUUGAUUUGUCAUAAGAAAUUAUUGUACUUUCUGAUUUUUCUUGAAAGUUGAAAUUGUCUUUUAACUCUGUGAUUUAGUCAUCAGUUUAUCAAUAUUAUCAUGUACUCCUUCUAUUUUUAAAUAUAGAUAUUAACUAACUAAUU